ACGAAAGAUUCGAGUUAUGCAGCAAGGUGACUCAGUGUUGAGCUUGAGGCCUGGAGGUGGUCGUGGAGGAAGUAGACUCUUUGCCCCACGCUUUACCUUAUCUUCUUCCUCUGAUCUUACCAAUGGCGCAGAUGCUCCUUCUUUUGCCGUCAAGAGAGGAGACUCGCGAUUUGAGGGUCGUGAGCUUUUGCGGUUCACCCGAGAACAGCUGCUUCAGCUUAGAGAGGCUAUCCAAGUCUCUGCUGAAAUUCUGAAGCUCAAUCAGGAAAUUGCAUCUGACCUUUUUGGUGAAGAAGAGCAGAGCUGGGGCCGUUCAGAAAAUAAGCCUGAAAAUCAACUUCAGAAUCGUUACUCAGAGCCUGAUAAUCGUGAUUGGCACACUCGUGCACCAAUUGCUUCCCCAAGUAAAGAACGGUCAAGAGAAGACCAACGUCAACCUAGAGAUGCGCAUACUCAAGGAUCUGGCCCUCCUCCUGCCCUGGUGAAAGCAGAGGUCCCAUGGUCAGCUAAAAGAGGAACUCUUUCAGAAAAGGACCAAAUCCUCAAGACCGUGAAAGGUAUUCUGAACAAGCUGACUCCUGAAAAGUACGAUCUCCUCAAAGGUCAACUAAUUGACUCUGGGAUUACUACUGCUGAUAUCCUAAAGGGAGUGAUACAGCUGAUUUUUGAGAAGGCUGUACUAGAGCCCACAUUUUGUCAGAUGUAUGCCCUUUUGUGUUUUGAUAUCAAUGGAAAGCUCCCUUCGUUCCCAUCAGAGGAAGCCGGUGGGAAAGAAAUAACAUUCAAAAGAGUGCUUUUGAACAAUUGCCAAGAAGCAUUUGAAGGCGCUGACAAAUUGAAGGAAGAAGUCAGACUGAUGACUGAUCCAGAGCAAGAAAUGGAACGCAGAGACAAGGAAAGAAUGGCGAAGCUUCGAACAUUAGGAAAUAUCCGUUUGAUUGGUGAACUUCUGAAGCAGAAGAUGGUGCCCGAGAAGAUAGUUCAUCACAUCGUCCAAGAGCUUUUAGGACAGGACAAUAAAGCUUGCCCAGGAGAAGAAGAUGUAGAGGCUCUCUGUCAAUUUUUCAUCACCAUCGGGAAACAACUAGAUGAGAGCCCAAGAUCACGGGGUAUAAACGACAUGUACUUCCAACGUUUGAAUGAACUAGCAAUGAACCCGAUGCUUGCUCCACGCAUGAGAUUUAUGGUCCGUAAUGUUAUUGAUCUGCGCGCUAACAAAUGGGUACCAAGGCGUGAGGAGAUGAAAGCGAAGAAAAUCACUGAGAUUCAUUCCGAGGCAGAAAAGAAUCUUGGGUUACGCCCUGGUGCCAUGGCGAAUAUGAGAAAUAAUAACAAUCGUGGUGGUGCUGAUGCUGGUGCAGCUGAAAUUCUUGGCUCUGGAAACUUCCUGGGACGUUCUGGUACUGGAGGAAUGAUGCCUGGAAUGCCAGGAGCUAGGAAGAUGCCGGGAAUGCCUGUAACAGAUGAUGAUGGUUGGGAGAUGGCACGGUCCCGUUCCAUGCCCAGAGGCAAUAGGCAGAAUCCACAUCCCGUUGGGCGUGUUCAGUCUCCGGUUAUCAUUGACAAGUCACUGUCGCUUAAUUCAAGGCUGCUACCUCAGGGAAGUGGUGGUCUUAUAAACGGUAGACCAAGUGCCCUUGUGCAAGGUAAUGGUUCCGAACUGCCUAAACCUGUUCCUUCCCCGACGAGACCAACUGUGGAGAAGCCAAAGCCACAACCACAGCCACAGGAGGUGGCUCCUCCUACAGCUACUAGCUUGAACACAGGAGAGCUCAGUAGAAAGACUAACUCGCUUUUGGAGGAAUAUUUCAAUGUCCGUCUAUUGGAUGAGGCAUUACAAUGCGUAGAAGAACUGAAAACCCCGUCUUACCAUCCCGAGCUCGUCAAGGAAGCUAUCUCCCUCGGCUUGGAGAAGAACCCUCCAUGUGUUGAACCAGUGGCGAAACUCUUGGAACAUCUGGUCUCUAAGAAUGUUCUAACUCCUAAAGACUUAGGGAACGGUUGUCUGCUCUAUGGGUCUAUGCUCGAUGACAUUGGGAUCGAUCUGCCAAAAGCGCCAAACAACUUUGGGGAGAUCCUUGGUAGUUUGGUUAUGGCCAAAGCAUCGGAUUUUGAGCUGGUGAAAGAGAUUCUAAUGAAAAUGGAAGACGAGUGGUUCAAGAAAGCAGUCUUGAAAGCUGUGAUAGGGAGUGUUAGUGAGUCUCUACUGGCUACGCAAGAAGCCGAGGUUGAUGCUUGCCGUAGUUUGGUGUAGUUUGUGUGGUUUCUUUCUUCUCAAUACAUGUUUUGAUCAGUU